AUGUACACAUCUGGAUCAAGUGGUACCCCAAAAGGGGUUUCGCUGAAGCAUAAGAACGUCGUGGCUGCCAUUGCUGGAGCCAAUAGUAUUGUCGGCGACUAUCUAGGUCCUUCAGAUACACUGCUAGCAUACCUUCCACUCGCUCACAUCUUCGAAUUUGUAUUUGAAAACGCAUGCCUCUACUGGGGGGCCCUGAUGGGUUAUGGCCAUCCCCGAACUCUUUCCGAAACCUCCAUGAAAAACUGCAAAGGUGAUAUCCUCGAAUUAAAGCCCACACUUCUAGUGGGUGUACCAUCUGUUUGGGAGACUGUCAAAAAAGGUGUAAUAGCCAAUGUGAACAAAGGGGGUCCAGUUGUCCGUAGCUUAUUCUGGAGUGCUUUCUACUCGAAACGUUUGCUAUCCUCAAGCGGCCUACCUGGUUCCAGUAUCUUGGAUACUGUUGUAUUUAACAAAGUUAAACAAGCGACCGGUGGACGUUUGAGAUUCUGUAUGAACGGAGCUGGCCCCAUAUCUCAACAAACCCAAGAAUUCAUCUCUCACACCAUUACGCCCAUGAUAUCUGGAUAUGGAUCCACAGAGACUGCCGCUAUGGGCGCAAUAUGCGACCCCCUUUCCUUUACCCUCCAAGCUGGUGAUAUCCCUGCCUGUAUCGAAAUAAAACUCGUCGACUUUCCGGACGCGGGAUACUUCGCUACUAACACCCCUCCACAGGGAGAAAUCUGGAUUCGAGGGCCUAGCGUCAUGUCCGAAUACUAUGAUAAUGUUGUCGAGACAGCCGAAGCGCUUACUUCAGAUGGGUGGUUCAAAACUGGGGAUAUCGGGGAGUGGGAUAAGAACGGACACUUGAAGAUCAUUGACCGCAAAAAGAACCUGGUGAAAACGAUGAACGGAGAGUACAUUGCUUUGGAGAAGCUAGAAUCGGUCUAUCGAUCCGCAACUGUAGUAGCGAAUAUAUGCAUUUACGCCUCGAUCUCCGAGACUCAUCCUAUCGCAAUUGUCGUUCCAGCCGAGCCGGCCCUCAAAAAGCUCGCCGAAUCAAUCGGUAUAGAAGGCCAUGGCAUCGGUGAUUUAGUACACAAUGAAUCCAUUAAUCGUGAAGUAUUGAAGCAAAUGCAGACUGUAGGAAAGAGAGCAGGGCUAGCUGUAACAGCGACCAUGAAACUCAACCGGAAAGCAAUUUUCGAGAGAUACGAGAAAGAUAUCAAUUUAGCAUAUGGGAAAUGA